AUGAACAAAAUUGCAAAUGGAAUUUUUCUUUUGCUUUUGGAGAAACGUUCAAUUAAUUUUUCAACAUCGAUGUCUAUGUCCCUGUGGAUGUUCAAUAAUGCAAGUCCAGUCAAGCGUGUUUCACACAUUGUUUAUCUUAACCGUGUUUUAAGACGCCGCAAUGAAGAGAAUGUUCUUUCAGAACUAGAAUUACUAAUGGGCAACGUAAUUAAUAAUUUUAGUAUUUUAUUUAUUAAAGGAAAAAUGCCUUCAUCACAAUUCUGUAAUACAUCAAUGGCGUGCUUAGAAAUUCACGUAUCCAUUUUUCUUUCCAAAUAUAGUAUUCACCAACUAAUUGCGAGGAUACCUCAUCAUUAUGAAGUAAUAUUUGAACAUCUUUGGCAACUGAUUUUAUUUUGUCAGUUUCUUCUUUUUGGUCAUUUGGUAAUUUUAAAAAAAUAG